AUGUCUUCAGAUUGGACCGACAAGGUAGACAAAAGUGCUCUCAGUAACCUUUACUUCGAGGUUAUGCAUUCAGCAAUGCUUUUACAACUAGAAGAGCCGUGGCAGGGACAGCUACCAAGUGGAAUACAAGGCCAAGAAGCCAAUACAAUGUUCAAGAUAUGGGCCGCUGGCAUGCCCAUAUUUGUAAGCGCUGCGCUUCGUCAACUAAGGUCUCGCCAAGGCAUCAACAUGAUGCGCUACUACCAUGGUCCAAUUUUCGGACGGAUACAGGCGGUGUUGGACGAACAUGGCGGCUACCACGCAUGGCCACGGGGAAGAAACUUGGAGCCAAUACUCGCGACGCUUUUCUAUGCCCUAGAAGCUUGUACAUGGGACGAUCCAUGGCGGACGUGGUGUUUGGAUACCAUGGGAAAGACCGUGAACAUUUUGAAGCUCAAAAACGCGAAAGAGUUCAAGAAGGUUCUGGACUUUUUCCCCACAACGGACCGGUAUCAAGACUUGAUCGAAGAUGUGUGGGCGCAGAUAAGACACGCAAGUGUACCAAGUACACCAUCAUGUGUGUUACAGGUGUUUCGUCAGCAUUGA